AUGUAAGUCAUAUAAGAAAUGAUUGAGGAAUUUAAUACCUUAAGAUAAUAAGUUUAUGAAGCUGAAUUCAGGAUUUAAUAGUUCAUAGAUGAUGAAUAAAUGUGUAUUAAGCAAUAGAAAAAUUAAGUGGAUGAACAAUAAUCUCAAAUUUAAAAAUAAAAUGCCAAAAUUCAAAAUGAUUAAUUAAACAAAAUUACAUUGGCCUUGACUAAUUCAUUGACAAGAGUGAUCAAAGAUCUUUAUUAUGAUGAAGAUAAAGAUUUAAUUAUAAUUAAAUUAUAAGAACAUGGAAUUGUAAUUGAACUAGAAAUGAAGUAAAAUGAGUUGAAGAGAAUCAAACUUCAAUAAGUAGGCAGAAGAGAUUAUACAUUGAUAGAUUCAGAACAUUUGAAUAUUGAAGAAAUGCAUCUAAAAUUCUUAGAAAGGCCUGAUUAACCAUUUAGUUCAAUUAUCAUUCCCUACCUUGAAAAUUUGAAAUUAAUUUGA